AUGGAAAAAUUUGAAUUACAAGAUAAUACAUGGCUAAAUGAUAUGUAUAGCAUCCGUACUGAAUGGAUUCCUGCAUAUUUCAACGACACACCAAUGUCUGGUUUGUUACGUACUACCUCACGUUCAGAAAGUACAAAUUCUUUCUUUCAGCAUUUUCAAAACAGUGGGGAUACAUUAACUCAAUUUUACUCCCGUUAUGAGAGUGCCAUUGAGAAGCAAAGGUAUAUCAACUCAAAGAACAAUACAGCUUCAGAGUUAAUACCUAUAACUCACACCCCUCUAAAAAUUGAAAAAGAUGCUGCACAACUUUACACUCGUAGCUUGUACAACUUUGUUCGUGAAGAAAUUUUGAAUGCAAUUCAUUUCACAAAGAUCGAGGAAAUGUCCACAGUUCAAGGAAUAAAGCAUCUAAAGGUCAAGGACAAACUUAUGAAAGAUUGCUUUUUUGAGGUAUCAGUUCGGUUGUUAGAUAACAACGUCGAUUGUUCUUGUAAGUUUUUUGCGAGAACAGGAUUUUUGUGUAGACAUGCUUUUGCAGCACUACACAACUGUGAAGCUACAUUAAUUCCUCGUCAAUUUGUUCUACAACGUUGGAUGAGAAAUGCUGACAAUAUCGACAAUGGUUUGGUUCCUCCUGAAUUAAAGAAUCAAUGUUCAAAGGUUCACCGUAUUAAAGCAAAAUUCAGUGAAAUGUGGUUUGACUUCCAAAGUUGCAUGAACUAUGUUGGUUUUGAUGAGGUAAAAGUUGAUGACAUGCAUGGACGUGUGAGAAAAUUGAAGGCUGAUGUACAAGGUUCAGAGUAUGAGUUACGAGAACAACCCCUGACCAAUGAUGUUGAUCGACUUUAUGAUAUUAAUCUGCGCGAAUCUGUUGUUGUCCAAAAUCCAAACAUUAGUCGGAACAAAGGUACUCGUAAGAGAUUGCGGAGUGGUAAGGAGAUUGCUAUCAAUGAAAAACCAGACAAGCGUCGAACAUGCAGCAUUUGUAAUAAAAAAGAUGGACAUAAUGCUCGCAGUUGUCCACUUUCUAAGUAA